CAAAUGGUGUAUUUUGAUCGAGGGUUCCAGAGAAGGAGUCGAACCUCGAUUAAGGGGAGUCUGUUCAGAGGCUUUUCAAGUCUCAGAGAAGGCUUUAUGAUGUACUUUUUUCAAGAGGAUUGUUGGGAGGAAGUCUCACCUUGGCUAAUUUAAGAGGUUAAUCAUGAGUUUAUAAGUAAGGAAUACUAUCUCUAUUAAUUAUUGGUACGAAGUCUUUUGGGAAAACCAAAAGAGAGCUUAUGCCCAAAGUGGACAAUAUUAUACUAUUGUGGAGAUUCGUAGUUCCCAACAACACUACACGUCGUAGUUCCCAACAACACUACACGUCGUAGUUCCCAACAACACUACACGUCGUAGUUCCCAACAACACUACACGUCGUAGUUCCCAACAACACUACACGUCGUAGUUCCCAACAACACUACACGUCGUAGUUCCCAACAACACUACACGCUAAAAGUCCAUUGCAGUUAGAAGAUGGCAGCAAAAUACAUAGUAGUUUCUACACUUGGAGCAUUUGCAUUUGCUUAUAUUUCUGAUAAUCUUGUUGCUGACAAGAAAAUAUUUGGAGGAACAACCCCGAGUACUGUUUUAAACAGCGAGUGGUGGGAAGAAACUGACAAGAAAUUCCAAGCAUGGCCUCGUACCGCCGGCCCACCUGUGGUCAUGAACCCCAUCAGUCGCCAGAAUUUCAUUGUCAAAACCCGCUCUGAACCUUAAAUGUUGCUUUGGUUGUCUAUUUAUACAAUUUUGAUUGGAUAAUUCUGCUUUUGGAAGUACUUCUUAGUCAUUAAGCAGUUCUAACCUGCCUUCAUAUUUGAUGAGGGGAACUGAAGGAAUUGUUGUUGAGCUGAUAGCCUUUUUUUAUUCUUCCUGUUUAAGUUGCAUCAUUGGCUUGUUUGCUAUGUUGAUGGUGUCAGGAUGUUGAUUCUGAAUAAAUCAGUGAAAUGGGAAACUUCUCUUCCAUGUCUCUUUCAGAUGA